UCUCUCUCCCCCUCUCUUUGUGUCAAAUUCUCUCUAUUUCUCUUUCAUGGCAGAGAAUCAAGAAUCUUUGGGAAAACCCAAUUUACAGACUGAAUUAGAGAAGAAGAUUCCAGUGUUUACAGUGCUAAAGAAUGGAGCCAUCCUCAAGAACAUCUUUCUUCUUGAUAAUCCCCCACCUAUAACCACAACUUCUAUUGAAGAAACGAAACCAGAUUUUGAAGAGAUUUUGUUGGUGGUUGGAAGACACCCAGAUUGUAACAUAGUCUUGGAACACCCAAGCAUCAGCAGAUUCCACCUCCGCAUUCACUCGAAUCCCUCUACUCACUCCCUCUCUCUUAUUGAUCUGUCUUCUGUCCAUGGGACAUGGAUUUCUGGCAACAAGAUUGAACCAGGGGUUAGAGUAGAUUUGAAAGAGGGCGAUAAGAUGCAGCUUGGAGGUUCAAGCAGGGAGUACAGGCUUCAUUGGAUUCCAAUCAGCCGUGCAUAUGAUUUGGGGAAUCCAUUUGUAGCUCCAUUAAGUGAAGCAGAAUCAGUGAAAGAAGCAGAGGAGAAAAAACAUCAGGAUGAGAGUGGCAUUGCCCUUCAGAAUGAGGAUGAUGAUUCAGUGCAGGUUCUAGAUUCAGCAUUUUCUGAUAUGAAUUUAUUGCCAUAUGUAAAAAGUUUGACUCCAUCAGCUCCUCCAAUGCCUGAAUAUUUGGAGUCUUCAUUUCCUGUUGGCGACGAGGCAGUAAAUGUAAAUCCACCUGAGAAAAUACAUGGAGAGAGUGAAAUCAGUUUGAUACAGCCUGCUUAUGAACCUGACAAAGAAAACAGCACUCCGCGAGCGCUUCUUGUCUCAGGAGGGUCCCAAACAGAAAAUGCACAUAGUCCAGUAAGAUCUCAGCAAAAAUGUUUGAGCAUUUGGUCUAGAAGGGGAAAAUGUUCCAGUGUUCAGAUUCAAACAGGUAGAGAUAGAGCAAUUAUUGAAAAAGUUGACAUUGAUACUGAAGUUAACUCACUUAAUCGUGAGAAGGUUGGAAUGGGAUCAGUUUCGAAUGAUCUUUUUUCUAGUGCAAACAAGGACGAAGAAGAUGCAUUCACUCCAGACAAAGAGAACCAUACUCCUAGUUCUCUCUUCCUUGGGUCCGAGAUGAAUGAACAAACUACCAAACCUGUACUUUCUUGUUGUACGGAUGAGAAUGCUGAAGAAAGUUUUAAUCUGGACAGAAUGAAUCUUACCCCAAACGCUCAUUUGCUGCAAUCAAUGAAGAAGACGAGCAGUUUGGAACAAAAUAAGCAUCGAAAACCUUUUAGAUCCUCCCAUAUGAAAGAUAUUUUUGAUCCCACAUUCCAUGAAGCUGAAGGUCUUAAAUACCACAAGAAAGAGAAUGUCGGAUCAUCUACAGUGCUCUCAAAUAUUUGUUGUAAUAGUGAAGAAAUUUUCACUCCAGAUAAAGAGAAUAUGAUACCCAAUAGUUGUUCAAUGAGAUCGAAAAGGAAGGGGAAAAUGGUGGAAGUUAAGCAUCUAAAACCAUUUGAGAAAGAAAACUUGACUGGCAAAGUACUUGAAGAGCAGAAAUCAGCAAGUGUUGCUUCCAGAAAUAUGGAUAGAUCGGAGGUAAAUAUACUGAAGGACAAAACAGAUAGAGUGCCAUUUCAAUCUCUGCUUGUGAACUCCCCCAGCAACACCAAUUCAGAAUCUCCAGAACGGAAAAUCAAGCUGAAUGCGAAUCCAAUCAAGUGUCAACAAAUUAUGGAAGCAGGCCCCUUUUCUGAUAACAAUGCCAGGGAAGAGAAAAGAAGGUGGACCACGGUAGUGGACACCACUGCUUUGUUAAACAAAGAGUCAAGAAAAGCUUUGCAGCUUUUGCAAGGUCUCAAGGGGACUUACCUGAUAAUCCCCAGAAUUGUAUUAAGGGAACUGGAUUGCAUGAAGAGGCGUGCUAGCUUUUUUAGAAAAGCAACAGAGGUAUCUGCAGCAUUAGAAUGGAUAGAAGACUGCCUGGUAAAUGCAAAAUCAUGGGUUCAUGUGCAGAGUUGUGUGGAGGAAGCAAGGCCAAUGGCACCGACUCCUCCUGCUACUGCACCACCGUCUUUGUUCAGUAAGGAGAAUGGCAUCUUUCCAGUUGGCUCGGUUCUAUCCUCGCCAUAUUAUGGUCUAGCGGAAAUUGUUUCACCCACAGCAGAAGAUCAUAUCCUUGAAUGUGCCCUCCUCCUUAAAAGAACUAACAGAGAUGGACAACUAGUUCUCCUUAGCAAUGAUCGUACCAUGAAGAUCAAGGCCAUGGCAGAAGGGUUAAACUGUGAGACAGCAGAGGAUUUCCGAGAGAGUCUGGUGAAUCCAUUCUCAGAGAGGUUUCUUUGGAAAGAAAGUUCUCCCAGAGGAAGCACUUGGUCGUGUGUGGAUGACUUUGUUCUUGGGGAGCCAUACUACCCUGGUCCUCUAAAGAAGUCAUCAAAGUCAGGACAAGCAGCAAAAGGCUUGAAGCUGAUAUUGCUUCAUAAUUCUCAUUAUAGGCAAAUCUGUUCAGGCAGUGGCAGUUAGCUGAGUACAGUUACCCUUACCAAAGAUGUGGAAACUGUUACUGCUCAAUAGUUUUCAUCGUAGGCAAUUAUGUUCAGCCAGCUGAACCAGUUAGCCGAGACAAGUCCCCCUUAUCAAAAUUGUUGGAGAUAAAUUCAGAUCAUCUGGCUACAUCUAGACCUGUAAACGGCCAUUGUUUCAAUCUUUUGGAACUUGUGGCUAUCAUUGCAAAUAGUUUCUAGAUGAUUCAGAGAAUCUUUUUCAUGAAAUCAGAGUAAAUUGUAGAGGUUUGUGUAAAUCCAUCUACAUCUCAGUCCAAUACAUUCAGUACUUUAGUUCAAUGGUUGCUUAAUGUUAGCCUUCUCUUUUUUUCUCGUUGGGUUUUCUGAAGGAUACAACAGCUCAGCACUUUGGUAUAUCUUGUUAGUUGUUAUCAUCUGACUUGCUGGCAUCUAUUGAUUCUCUUGGCUAAGUAAUUAAGAAGCACA